UUGUAUAGCGCCGUUAAUUUACUUCCUCAUGAACGGCGGCCGGAGUAGUGCUGAAUGGAUUUAUUUCGUCGUGUCUGAGUAACAUUUAAGUGAUUCCAGUAUUCCAGGCAUGAUUGGUAGGCCUCCCUAGGCCUGUGCUUCAUCAUGUGGCGGUAUUGUGCUGGAUUUGUUCUUGUGGUUACUCUGUGGCUGACGAGUAGUUGCCAUGGAAAUGCUGCUGAUGAAGGUAUGAUGUGUUAUAUGCCGCCUCCGUUGAAUUCGAGCAUGGGAUCGCCACUUUCUCAAAUAGGACCAGGAUUUAUUCCACUCAAGUUUGGAUGCUCAACUUCCUGAAACCGUCGAGCUAAUGUAUAAGAGUGUGGAGUUACGCAUCAAUGGCACAUGUGCUGUCAGAGUCUAUGUUGUCCUCUUUGUCAAUGUCUAUGUGGUUUCAGAUAUUUACAUUGAAUGUAUGAAGAUAAAUGCAGGCGACUCGGGACACUCGGUAAUCUCUGAGCCUUUCUUUGCGGAUUACUAUCUGCCAGCUGGGUCCAUUGUUUCUCGAGUGAGAGGUAAUUUCACAGUGGAUAACAUCACUGCAUCUGAUGGUUUACUGGAGCUAUCCUGCAAACUUAAAUUUCAGCCUUCUGUAUCUCUACUUGAGGAUCCCCAAAUUAGCGCACUUGUAACCUUGGAACUUCAAGGUUGCCCCCAUGCAAGGUAUGGUGUACACUGUGAUCGACCGUGCUCAUGCGCACCUGGCGUGGAAUGCCACCCUUUUACUGGGAUAUGCCUUUGCCCAAAGGGACUGCUAGGAGCAGAAUGCAGGCAAGUUGAACCUGUGCUAAAGUUGGCAAACUCAUCGGCUGUGUUUGUACCCUAUGGAGAGUCUGUGAUCUUAUCGUGUAUUGCUUAUGGAAUGCAACCAUCACAGUGGUCCUGGCAUCACUAUGGCAACAAGUUGGAAAUAACAAGCCGCAUCCAAGAUGCUCCUUAUUACCCACCACCGUUUCACCUGGAAACAAACAUCACAGCCACUGGCCCAGAAACUAACGGCAUGUACAUGUGUGGGGUUGUGAACGGAAGAGUGGUGUUUAGAAAGAAUGUGACUGUUACUGUAACACAUGUUCCAGAUCCAUUUUUGGAAGGCCCUAGAAAUCAGACUGUCCUCCUUGGCAGCAGCGUGGAGUUCCACUGCACAACCAAACCAGAGGCUGGUACCCUGAUGUGGGUGGUGGGGAACCGGAUCAUCAGCCAGUGGCCACCAGGCCUUGAGGUUAUCCAAACUAGCAACGAGUCGCUGAAGGUGACGGAGAAGAACCAGACUGUUUCCAUCAUCAUUGAGAGCGCAGCAUUUGAGAAUGCUGGGAGGUACAGGUGCAUUGUGGGCCACGAAGGAGGAAAUGAUGAUGCACAUAUGGAUGGUUGGCUCACGGUUGAAAGCCAGGGCACAGGGCCUUACAUCGCAAACUGGACAGAAAAUGGCUCCCAUGGGGGUGUACUGAGCAUACAGGAAGGUCAGCCGGUCAACCUGACGUGCCAAGUACGCGAAGCGUACCCAGAACCAACCAUCAUGUGGUUUGUUGGAGAAGACGAUCGCACUGUAGAUGCUAAAGUACAGGCCAGGAUUUCAUCCAACGGUGUGUCUCAUGAUGCAGAUAGCAGGCUUGUUCUCUUCCCAACUUGGCACGAUAAUGGGAAGACUGUAACUUGUGUUUCUAAUGUGACCAGCUUUCGGCCAGUCAGGAGCAGGGAUGUUGUUCUCCACUUAUCAUAUCUGCCGAAGGUUUCCAUUUCCCCUCCUGAGAAGACGGUCCAACGCGGAGAGAAACCUCUCUUUACCUGCAGUGCCCCAGCUAACCCUCCUGUCACCAGCUACAAUUGGACACUCCAACAUAAGGAAGGCAAGAUCAUCCGCAGCUACACAGGGAGAUCGGUAAGAGUGCACACUUCAGAUCCUGAUUUCAACAUGGCGACUCUCACGUGCUACACUACUAACAAUCUGGGCACCAACAACAGCAAAGCAGUCAUCAAAGUCUUUGAUGACCCAGAUGAUGACAAGAUUCCAGUGGUGAUUAUGGUAAUAGUUCUGUCACUUCUAGUGGUUCUUAUGUUAGUUACGCCCAUCGUGAUCUACAGACAUCGUGGCACAAUACAGGAUCUCUUCUUUAACAACUCGAAAGCUUCAAAUCAAGAGGGCAAGUCACAUGACGUCUUUGUGGCAUAUAAGGGAGGCGGAGACGAGGAGGAGUUUGUGAUCGGUAGUCUGGUACCCAAGCUGGAGGAAUGGGGUUGUGAUGUCUGCAUCCAUUACCAAAACUUCCUGCCAGGAAGAGAAAUUACUGACAACAUCAAUUAUGCAGUCACCAACUGCCGUAAGACUCUCCUAGUCUUGUCCCCUGACUUCAUGGCUAGCGAGUGGUGCUACUUUGAGUUCCUCUGUGCCAUGGACGAAAUGCUUCGUAACCAGACCAAUUUCAUUAUCCCCCUGAUGUUCCGGGAGAUUCGUAACGAGGAACUCUGCCACAGCAUGCGCAAUCUGUUGGACACCGUCUCUUUCAUUCCUUGGCCGGCUGGUACGGGACAGGGGCAGGUGGAGGAAUUCUGGAAGCUACUGAAGAGAGCAGUGGAGACAAAGUAUAAUGUAAAAAGAGAGAAUGACGAUGGGGAGAUUGAGGUGAAUAAUAACGUAGUCAAUGAAGACACCGGCAAUAUUCAUCUGAUUUGAUUGUGUUGAGAUAGAAAAGAUUGCAGGAUUUCUUUAACCCCUUCCCGCCGGGAAGUGGCUAUAGCCGCCGUAAACAUGGAGAACCUCAGCCCGCUUUUCAGCUAUUAUUCUUGGCCCACGCUCGAGUGAACA